AUGGAACUUGACAAGGAAGAAUCUCAGUUAAAGGAAGAAAGCAACAAGGCAAUUCACAACAACAUUCCAAGGCAAAAGAUUGUGCAAACUGAUGAAGAAGUCCAAGAGAAUAUUAGAGUAUUAGCCACUGAAAGGAUGAAAGAUCCCCAAGGCCAUGUUACUGGAUUUUGUGCUCUAUGUGCAAUACAGAAUCAUGUAAGUCGUGCACUGCAUGCAUCUGGAAGAACAUUAUCCCCCGAGGAUCUGCCUAGUAGUAUCACUUAUUUUCAUAUUAGCGUGAAAUUUAUACUUCCUGACCUUAGAUCAGGUAUAUCACGAAAUUUCCAAAAUACAAGGCAGGAGGAUGCACAUGAGUAUAUGGUCAACUUACUUGAGUCAAUGCAUAAAUGCUGCCUGCCUUCUGGUGUACCAAGUGAAUCACCUAGUGCUUAUGAGAAAAGUUUUGUUCAUAAAAUAUUUGGUGGUCAUCUGCGAAGUCAGGUGAAAUGUCAGCAGUGUUCCUUUUGCUCCAACAAGUUUGAUCCAUUCUUAGAUCUAAGUCUCGAAAUUUUCAAGGCAGAAUCAUUGCAGAAAGCACUUGCAAAUUUCACUGCUGCAGAAUGGUUGGAUGGAGGGGAGAGGCAAUACAAUUGUCAAAGAUGCAAGCAGAAAGUUUGGGCUCUGAAACAGCUUACAGUUCAUAAGGCACCUUAUGUGCUAACUAUUCACUUAAAGCGAUUCCAUGUGCACAAUCCUGGACAGAAGAUUAAAAAGAAGGUUUGGUUUGACUGUGCUCUGGACCUAAAACCUUUUGUCAGUGGCUCAUAUGAAGGAGAUGUGAAGUAUUCUCUCUAUGGGGUUUUGGUUCAUUCUGGUUCUAGCACUCAUUCUGGACAUUAUUACUGCUAUGUCCCCACAUCAAAUGACGUGGUAUACAAUGUCAGUGAGCAAGAAGUGUUAAAUCGGCAGGCAUACAUGCUAUUUUAUGUUCGUGAUAGAAAAAAUAUUGUUUCUAGGAAAUCUGUUGAUAUUAUUAAGAAGGAGAACGGAAAUAUGGAUUCUGCUGCAGCAAACCAAGUAUUGAAGGGACUUUUCAAUGGUCUGGCAGAAAAUAAAUCUUGUGAAUCUUCUUUAAAUGCUCAAGCUCAGAUAAAAAUGUCAAAUUUUGACUCAUCAGUUGUUUCCUUUACGAAGUACAGUCUGGUUCAGCAAAAAAGUUGCCCUUCAUUAGCAGGAAGCUUUGUUCAAAAUAAAAAACCUAUAUCUGAUCCUUUUCCAAGGAGCAGCCACACAAAGGAUCACAAGGAGGGCUCUCCAUUGUUGGCUCAAAGCACGAAUGCUUGUCGACACUAG